AUGGUUCAGCUCUCUCUUCUCGCAUCUGCGCUGGCGCUCGUUUCUGCUGCUUCCGCCCAGUGCGGCUCAGGCACACCCGCCGCCAAGGUCACCGGCUCUGGCAGCUCCUUCACAGCCACCCGAGGCUCCACCAAUGUCUACACCGGCUCUGACUACCGUGCUGCCAUCCAAACCGCGGUGGACUCGAUCAGUAGCGGUCAGCGUGUCUCUGUCAUUGCAUCAGGCUCCAUUGGCGCCAACACCAUCACGAUCACCGCCGGCAAGAUCUUCGAAGGCUGCGGUACCAUCAAUGCCGUCAGCCGCUCCGGCCGUGGGGCCAUCGAGGUCACCGACGCAAACGAUGUCCAGAUCCCCUACCUCACCAUGACCGGCUCGCCCUAUUUUGGUCUCCGCUUCUCUGGCGCCAAUGGCCUCACCCUCGGCAAGAUCACCAUGAACCUCAGCGGUGGUCUAGGCAUUCGGUUUGAUCGCGACCGAGCCGCUCAGUCGAACGUCCAGAUGGACGAUAUCCGCGUCACUGGCGCCGGCAGCCACGCAGUCGAGACCUGGAACAUUGACGGCUUGACCAUCAACCAGGUCAUUGCUCGCAACGUCGGUGAGUCUGGGCUGCUGCUCCAGAACUCUGUAAACAUCAAAGUAGGCCUCGUCGAUGGCAACAAUGUCGGCGCCGGAUCAGGGUACGGUACGCUCCGCUUCGCCAACAGGAACGGCCGGAACGCGAACGGGAACUACAACACCAACGUGCAAAUCGACAAGGUUGUGUCGCGCGGAGGUGGCCGCGGUGUCUUCUGUGUGAGCGAGUCCGGUGGUGCCGUCAUUACGACAGUCGAUCUCGCCAGCAAUGGCAACAACGCUGUGCUGAUCGAGAACUGCUACAACGUGUCCAUCCGUGGCGGAACUGUCAAUGGUGGCGGCGAGGUGCGUUUGGCUGCUCGCUCAGAGUUUGCCAACAACCGUGACAUUUGGAUCACACUCAAGGUUGAUGGCACUACUGUCCGCGAGUCCCCCUGCGGCGACAACACCAACUGGACUCUGUCUGGCAAUGGUGCAAGGGACGUUUGCUAG